UCAUACUAUGAAGUCCUCGGGAUCUCCCCCGCCUCCCUCCCCGAACAUGGGGAUGAUGCCAGGUCUUUUAUCAAGCGUGCCUACCGGCGGGCGCUUCUCCGCCACCACCCUGACAAAAAGAAGAAGCAGCAGCAACUUGCAUUACCAUUCAUAAACCAACGCUCUCACGAUCUACAACAGCAUCAAGCCGUCUUCAGCGUAGACCAAAUCUCAGCCGCGUACGCCGUGCUCUCGAGCCCACCACAGCGGGCCGAGUACGACCAAGCACUGAGAUUGCUAUCAACCACCUCCCCGUCUUCAUCAGGCGCUGGUACCACCGCAUUCCAGCCCAACUUCCAGACAGGGAUUGAGAACGUCGACCUCGACGAUCUUGACUCUGACCAGCGCGGAGACGGGGAGCAGGAGUGGUACCGAGGGUGCCGGUGUGGCAAUGCGCGUGGCUAUCUCUUUGGUGAGGCUGAUCUGGAAGAGGCCGUUGAUUUGGGCGAAAUGAUGGUUGGCUGCGCGGAUUGCAGCCUCUGGCUGAGAGUUCACUUUGCUGUUGUAGAUGAAGAU